AGGGCUUGUGAGACGGGGCCUACACUUUAUCGUCCUUAUCCGAGAAGACUAGAAAGUCUAACCGUUUGCAGAUGUUAUUACAAAGGCAGCACUUUCUCCCAGUUAUUUAAAGACCCUGAGUGUUGGUCCGGCUGGGGUUUGAACCCACGACCUCCCGCUCAGCAGACCGGCACUCUCCCAACUGAGCUAACCGGCAAACCUCUCAGCCGGGGUCAAAUUUUACCAUUUAUCCAACGUAAGCAGCUACCUCACUUACCUGGGGUCCCCACCUCCAUGUAAACAGGCCCUUAGAGACUGUAACCCCUCUAUUCAUUGGUUGUUUUAUAAAUUAAAGUAGCAUCAAUGAUGUCAUAAAAGCUGUUUGGUUGGGUUUUGCUGAUGGUGCAUUGAAAAGUUUAGAGUGAGAACUUUAUAGACACAUUACAUUGAUAGUUAAAAUAUCUUGAUUCCAAUCAUUAUUCUCUGUUUUAGAGGGCAGAGAAGAAAGAAUUAAAGCCUUAGAAGCAACUCAGCAAGAUAAGGUACUUGUGUCAUUUCGUUCAUGAUCUCUUGUCUCAGAUAUCUUUUCAACAAUGAAUUUGUGAGACUUUUGCAUGGACUCCUGUCCCUCUAAUAACGGACCCACAUUUCUCUGGCUUUGUUUCCCGUUGGUGUGGUUGUAUUGCAGGUAUUAAAACGCGGAAUGAUAAAGUCGCCAGAAAUUUCAAGUCCAUAACAAGAUUUAUCUAGUUUAAAAGGUCUUUUACUUGUAUGUACGGAGGGCAUAUGUUGUAAUUUGCCUUAUGCAUCAUUAUAGACUGCAGUGCUUGACACUUAUAAAUGUUUUUGGACACCAGGCAUUGGGCUAACGAGUUUGAUAAAUCACUGGCCCAUGAGAACAAGCCACUGGUUCAAGAAAAAUUGAGGUUGUUCGAAACUUAAAAUUGUUAGCAGCCUGUACAGGGGGUUCAGAACUUUUAUGACUCUUAAUCAUGUGAGGCAGAAAUUUUCUGUUUUCUGACAAAAGGAGAGUUCGGAUUUGCUAAUAUCUCAGCGCUCAGUGGGUUAUCACGCCGGUAAACCCAUAGAUAGUGUGGUCUAUUGCUGUUAUAAAAUAACUUGACGUUUUCUAUGAGUUUACUGGCACAAUAAACCAUCGGUUUUUAACCAAUCGGAACGCGCGUACUAUCAUAUCUUUAUUUUAGAAAGAUAUAUCAAUAGAUGACAGACCCUCGGUGGCUCUCACCCACCCAGUCCCAGGCCCCUAUUUUAUUCAGUAACAUGGAAACAAGGACGUAAGUUCAUUUCCAACAUGGCAUCCGUGCUGCGACUGGAGUCAACUGUACGAUAUGGAUAGCAAGUCCUUUGGCUUACAUUUAAACUAACAAUUGAUGAAGCGUUUUAGAAAAAGAACUUCUCAAGUUAUAGAGUUGUAGAAGAUUUAUUUUUUCCGCUAAACUAACUGGUCUAGGGGCUGGCUAGUUGGACCCCAUUUUUACCAGCCCAGCGUGAAGUUUGACUAGUCUUGGGCUAGUGGACUAGCGUUAGUGUCGUGUACUACUAGUGUUGAAAGUUUAGCUAUUCUCAAGAGUUCCUCAUAAUUAUGAACUUCUCGUGUCGCAGUAGACGGCCCUUAACGCUCUUGCAUGUAUGCGCGCCAUCUUUCUACAAUCUGAUGCCCGACAGAAUAAAAUUCCAUGACAGUACGUAAUUUGAGGCAGUAUAAAAGACAUGCAAAUGAUGAUAAUGAUAAUGAUCAAUAAUGGACUGACCAAUCUAUUGGCUUUUUCUAACAAGCGAUCUUGGCCUGUGUUUAUGUUGGUCAUUGUGUGAUCUACAGUGCAGCUGAACAUUAACACAGUGUACCGGCACUGUACGUAAGAGUAUUAACUGCAUGUUGUACCUUGAUUUUUGUGUUUCUAGGUUCAGAAACUCCGUGAGAAGAUUGUGGAACAAGAGGCCGAGCAUAUAAAACUUGUAGACGAAAAUAACAAACUGAGAAAUGAGAAACAGAUAACUGUGAGUCAAAUCGCUUAAUGCGAGGUUCAGCAGAAUUUAAUCUUGCACUUCACCAAAUGAUUGAAAUUCGUCAAUCACCGUUCUGUAUACGGUAUUUCUGUGAAAAGAGCUGGCGUCAAUUUUUUUUCUUUUAGCAAGCAACGAUGGAAAGUGAAAAUGCCAAGUUAGAACAUGAAAUGAAGAACAUUUCAAAGCGACUUAAAGAAUUAAACUCAAGAAUCAAGCAAACCAAGUUGGAAAACACUGAUAUAAACAGAAAACUGGAGCAAUGGUGAGAGUUCAUAUCAUAUUUGUUCUUUUUUAAAUAUAUCGGCUGUAACACUAUCAAAAUUGUCGUCCCCCAAAAACGAUUUUGACAGUGGCUUCUUGGGGGACGAUAAAUUAUCAAAAUUGGGCUUUUUAUUCUUUAUAGUCGCUUAUUGUAUGCUCAAUUAAGCUUGAACUACCAGCUGUGCCUUGUCUUCUUCUUCUUCUUCUUCUUGUUAACUACCGUAUUUAUUCGAAUAAGCGCCCAACCUCGAAUUAGGCAAUUUUGCUGAUAGGUACCACCAGAGGCUUAACGCUUGCGGCUGAUAACACUAUUUUAGAGAGGGUAGAUACUUUUAAAUAUCUUGGUGUAACUAUGGAUGAAACUUUGUCUGGAAAGAGAACGUUAGCCUGUUAGGCAAGAAGACCCCCUCUAGAUUGGCGUUACUGCGCCUGGCGCUCGGAAAGUCUUACCUGAGUCUACUUGUAUUUACAUUAAAUAAUACGAUGGUUCUGCCCUUAUUUGACUAUUGGGCGGUUCUUUGGGAUAGUUGUGGUCAGGUUAGUAAAUCCUACUUCUAGACAAGCUAAGUCGCCGUGCUGCAUGUAUAAUUGCGGGCCGUGCGGUUUAGUCAGAUGAACUUUCUACCAUAUUUUGCUGACCCCAUUUGCAAGCGCGCCGUUACUUCCUUAAAUCUAUCCUUGUCUAUAAGUGUAUCAAUGGAAUAGCACCUUUAGGCUUCACUCUCACUUCACAAGACGAUGUGAUCAGCUACGGCUGCCUCUGGCCAAAACCACAAAGUACCAGGGCAAUUUUCGGAUUAACGGUGCGCGUGCCUAGAAUUCCCUCCACUCCAAUAUUAGAGCCGUUAAAGACUUCAAUAAAUUUAAGUCCCUAGCAAAACGUUAUUUCAAGUCCCAGGCAGCUAUCCCCUGAAAUUCUUCCAUAUUCGUGUUCUUACGUACUUUUAGUGUACUACUAUCUUGUCAUAAUUCCUUUGUAUUGAUUAGAAAGUGGUAUUUUUAUUAAUUGGUGGUAAUUUAUGAUAUUAAGUUUUUUCCUGUUUUUAACGGGACUCUGUCUAAAUUAGCUAUGCUAAUUUAGAAGCUCCUGUAUAAAAAAAUAAACUGUAACAAAAUUUUAAAAAAUUAAUUAAAAACAAGUUGAAAAUCGGUUGUUUUUACAAAUAAAAUCGAGAAGAAUUCUCGAUAUUUUGUGGGCGUUUUUAAUUAAAACAAUUAUUCCACUCGCGCUUGUUGGAUAUGAGAUGAUCAUAGCCACUUCGGCGCCACGCUCCUCGUUGACUAUCUAUCAUCUCAUAUCCAACGCGCACUUGUGGAAUAAUUGUCAAUUAACUAAGUUAUACACUGUAGUUUGAUAUUUAAAGAAUGUGGUCAUUUUCCUUACAAUGUAAUCAUUUCAAAUGCAACUGAUCAGGCAUGCCGCAGUAUACCCUUGUAGUUAACCCUUGUACAGUCUAUAGCGUGGUGAUCUACAGUGAUAAUGCUCUCUUUAUUCUUCUAGUGCCAAACAAAAGGUUGCUGAUGAGAAGGCCAUUAAGCGUUCUGAGCAAGAAAUGGAGAAGAUUAAUGAGCAGAUGGAGGUUAUUGUCUUAAGUCUUAUUUUUCUGAAAAAUUGUUAUGCUCUUAUCAAGCUGUGUUGGUUUGAUGGGCAGUCUAUUGAGUUAAAGAGGUUUCGAAGCUGUUUGUUAUAGCUCAAGUGAAGAUAGGAAUAUACGUUAUUAUUCUGGCUUUUUUCUUCCAAUGAAUUAUUUGUGAAACUUUUCAACAUAAUGUCUUGUGCAAAAUGCAGGAAAAACGUCACUAAGAUGUAAAUAGGAUAGUGUUUGUACAUUUUGUUUUGUUUUGUUUUUUUUUUCAAUUUAUUAAUAAGGAAUCGAGUACUGGAAAUCUCAUUUGCAUGAUCCAAACGUAUGAACUGGCUGGAGAAGGUGUGAUUUCUCUUUGAUCCCUAUCCUCUGGUUCCGGCUCCUCUGGUUAAAGUACAGUAACUCGAUUUUCACUUAACGGACACCUGUAUAAGAUGGAUACCUCGCUAAAACGGACAUCACCUAGAGUUGGGGCCUUCAGCCUUUAUUGACUUCGGCCUUUAUUUGACUUUAGUCUCUUCUCUAUAAGACUGCGGUAAGUUGACUGCGGUAUUGCGGCCGUUAGUUUUCAUUGGAUCAGUAUCGCAGCCAACAUUACCAGCAUUCAACGAAUGACACUGAUAUUGAAGAGUUUGAAUAAAUACCAAAAACACCCCAAUAUCGGUGGGAGUUGUUGAAUAGUGGGCGAAGUGAAAAACUAACCAGCAAACGAAUGAAUUAAUGACUGUGUCAAGAUUAUUCAGCUCAUAAAGGAUGGUGUAAGUUUAUGCAACAAAAAAUUAGUGCUCAAAACAGGUCAUUUAAUUCAUGUUACUAUUUCGAGCAGUUUUCGAGCCUGUCUUUCUGGAUUAUUAGGUGUCCAAGGAGGAGACCAAAAAAGUUGAAGUGCUUCAUAGCAAUCUUGUUGAAACUCUUGUUGUAAAGAAGGAGGAGGUAAUGGGUGUUGAGGAAUCUUUAAAAACAACAGCUGAUGCACUCAAGAAACAGCUGAAGGAUGAGGCACACGCUAGGACUGUACUACAGGUUAGAAAACUGUCAUCUUGACUGGUUACGUUUGGUUAGUGAAAAAUAAGUCGCUUGCGGGUACAUCGAGGGCGAUUCCGAGCUUGCAAUAUUAUUCCAUCUUGCCCAGCUAUGUAAAUUAUAGUAUCGGAGUUAAACAGGCAGAUAUAAAGAAAAAAAAGGAUGUAAAGAAAUGAGGUCUUUGUCGUCCUUGAACUUCUGUCCCACGAGCGGAUGUGGAGCAAAAAGUGCCUGAUGUUUGUAAGCGUGGCCGUGAUCACUCAUAAAAUGUGAUCCCCAUUAUUUGGAGGAGAAGCAGGGAUUGCACUUCCCCACUCACAACACAACGUCUACUCAGCAAAUUCUUUGUUAGAAUUCCGUAAUAUCACUAUAAUUAUCAUCAGAAGUUAAGCUGUCCAAAAUGUUUAACGUUUUUUGUUGAAUUAGGCAAGGAUCACUUCGGAUACACAAGAUCUUGCAAAGAGCCAUGUUGACUCUAAAAAGAAACGUGAGAAGGUACGUACCUUGCUGGUUAUUUGGCAGUUUUCCUUAAAAUAUUGUUACGUGUCUAUGCGUUUAAGUGUAACUGUUCUGUGCCAGUCGGAACUCAAUUAGUAAAACGGCCGUACCAAAGCUGUUCAUGAUUCAUGAGAAAACAGCACAUGGUUUUCUAAUAAAUGUUGUGUGAUGUGUGUACACUAACUGCUUUUGUUACUUCUUGAUAUUCCUUCUGUAGGCAACCCAAAGGGCAGAUGAAAUAGUCAAGCUUGUAGAUAAUGUCCGAGAUCAGGUUUGGUGAAUGUUGUUCAGUUUGUUUGUUGCAUGUUCGUACAUAUACCUUAAUUACCGUAUCAGUAAAAUCUCCCCCACUAUAGAACUUAUAUAGGUCGAUCCUACAUUUUAUGCUUGUAAAAAUAAACCUCAAAACUCGCAAAUAGGCCACUUGCACUAAGAGGUCACGUGACCAAUGCUUCCUUUAAACAAUGAGUUGGAAUCUUGCUGAUGCCAAAAAUUAUUAGAGCACACAAAAACUAUCUUCCCUCCGAAAUUUGAGAGGAAACGCAUUUAAGGGAGAUAUUUUAUGGCACUUUGAUUUUUCAGCAAAGUAGUAUGAUUUGUAUUGGCCGCCAUGUUGGGGGGCAUGCUUUUGCCCUCCAACAUGGCGGACAAAACUACUUCUUGCUUAUAUCUUGUUCAACGUUUCAUAGUUACGCUCAGAUGUGCUGUAAACGUUAUAACAUCAUCUUUUCAACAUUUUCCUUGAAGUUUAAGUGCAAAAUUUGUGUUCAGAGAGAGGUAAUUCAUAAUUUUAAAAAUCACAUUUUGGUCACGUGACCAUUUACGAACUUAUUCAUUUUAAGAAAAUGGUGCGGGUUUGAAAAACUAAAUCACCAUUAUUUUGUUUAAGAUAUGACCCACUAAUCGUUUUUCGAAGGCAAAAUCGUGUAACUUUCAUUUUCAUAAAAACGAUGUCACAUGCCUCUUAGUGCAAAUGGCCUAUUGUUGAUGCUAGGAGCAUUUAUGACGUAAAGGACUUUAAAAUAAAAAAAGUGAUAUGAUUCUCAAACAGACGUUAAGCCUUAUUUUUUUCUUCUUCGUAUUCUUCUUUACUCUCGCCUCCUUCGUCAUCAAGUGUGCGUUAUGUUUUUUUUAUUAUUAUUUAGUUAUCAUUUGUUCAUUUACUCUUGGUUCUAUAAAGUUGACCUGUUCUUUUUUGUUGGUUUUUGUUUUCUGCGUUUUUUAUGUUAUAAUCCGUGUUUGUACUGAUUUAUUCUUUGCGGUGUGUUAACUCUCCUAGGUUUCAAAACUUGAAAAGAUUCACAACGAAAGGCAACAGGUAAAUAGACCUAUUUUGAAACUUUAUUUUGGUGAAUGAUUUAUGAUUUAUUGACCGGCUUCGUCUGUAGCUUAAUGUAAUUGUCUUGUCCGUUUCAGACCAUUGCACAACUUGACAAGAUUUUAGAGAAAGUCGCACAACAGCACGGUGAAAUGGCGUCGAAAUUUCAGGGGGAAAUAGCAGAUUUAAAACCCAGAGAGGAGGAGAUGAAGGUUAGUGUUGUUUGGUUGUCUGUUUAACGUUCCACGAUGAAUAAUUGGCCUAAUUAAUGUUAAUGGUAUGGUAUUAAUAGUGUUAUUAAAUACAAUUGAUUACUACUAUUACUUGGAGAGUUUUCCAGACACGAGUUCACAAAUCUUUGAUUUAUGUUGGAAACCUUGCCAGAGAAUCUUUCUCUCUCUUUGACCGGAAUAAGACUCAGCCCCAAACAAGCAAGACGAGUGAACAACGGCUAGCUUAUCACUAGCAGAUUGAUGGACAUUUACAGAAAUUCGCCGACAAUCAAAUUCUGUGCUGACUUAUUCCCUGCUCACAGAUGUCCUUCCGUUAUAAAGUUUCAAAUAAGACUAGAAUGCGCUAGCGUGAAUCGAUCAAACGUCCUUUUAAUUUCUAAGGCUUACUUUCCGGCAAAUAAAAUGAACUGAAUGUAAAAAGGGAAAGAGAAAUAGCCAAAAAUUCAACUUCUUAUUAAAUCUUUUCUUAUGGUUUAGAAUAAACUAUUGUCGAGACUGAGCAUGUUUUGAUCAAAGCUGUGUAAAUCGAGCUGAAACUGUGCAUGGAACCUUGCGUUUCCUGUAUUUAUCUCACCUAUUGUAUGGAAUAUGUGUGAAAAUCUUCAUUAUGAAUCGGUAUAUUUCAAAGAGCUACACAACCAGCAAGAAUACUAUUGACCGACAAUAUACAGAACGGGGGCAGCUGUAGUGUCAACUAUUACUAGUUAUAUAUCAACAUUAUUUGUAAACUUCCGUAAUAUUGAUUAGUUGAAUUUUCCACCUUCCGCCGUAAUUGUUAUGCCAUCUUCGAAAAAUUGUAAUUGAGGAGGCCUAAUUAACAUAAGCUCUAUAGUUUCCUUUAGGCCUCCUCGUCAUUUCUUCCUACAUUUUUUUGGCAUUUCUUUGUAAUUAUUGUAAUCGUGUGGCAAAUAAAUAAAUACAAAUACAAAUACAAAUAUGAAUUAUCUAUCUGUCGAGCAGGGGUGGCGCAAUGGUGAGAGCACUUGCCUCCCGCCCAUGUGGCCCGGGUUCAAAUUCCGGCGUUGACGCCAUAGGGGUUUGAGUUUGUUGUUGAUUUUCUACUUUUUCCCCGGGUACUUCGGUUUUUCCCUUACCUCGAAAACCAAGAUUUUUAAAUUCCAAUUUGACCAGGAAAUGUAGUCGAUCACGAAGAACCACUUUAUGGAUGCGCUACCUCCUGCUUUUUCGCUGCCACGAAAAUCAUACCGGAUAGGGCUGUUCACAGACAACAAUGGUUGUGGCGAGGCGACUUCUGUAAAGGAGCGAAGCUGCGUCGCGUUCAUCUCGAAAGUGGAGCGUCACAUAUCGGAUAGCUGGUGCAGUGUGAACACCUAUUCGGCCCGUCGCGGAAGUAAAUAAGUAGGAGCGAGGCCUGGAACCCACUAAGACGGAAGUAAAUAUUGAGGAGUGAGGACUGGAAUUAAGUGCACCAAACCCUCUAGGCCAACCGCGCCGGCACGAUGUUCGAUAUGUGUUUGAAAUAUAGUACACGUAUCUAUCUUUAAUAUGUUUAUAGCAGCACGUCACUGUUUGUUCCUCUUGUCUUGUUACAGAAGGAAACCAUGGAACUUACAAAACGCCUGGAUCAUAUCACGUGGAAGUCGGAGAUGAUGGAAAAGAAAAUGGCUGACAUGGAGUCCUCGACUCAAAUGAUGAAUAAAGCUAUAGCUACAACACAGGAGUGCAUUAAUGAUCUUAAGUAAGAUCACUGUCUUUUAUCAGAUGCCCUGAUGGUGUGCAGGCAAAUGAAACAAAUUUGUUGUCGCAACUGGUUCCGGGAGGGGGAGGGGGGGUACUCAACAAAUGUUUAUGCUGGUAGGCUCCGCCCCGAGGUCCAACCCCUUACCCUUUCAUAUACCAUUUUUCACGAAAAAGGUAGCCCUGUUGUAUUCCUUCUAUUGACAAAUGAUACCGCUUUGACAUACCUUGUUUAGAACUUUGCACCUUUUAACUGCUGUAAAUGCACCGUCUUUUAAAUAGGAAUCCAUCACAAAAGUAGAACAUUUUCUCGAUUUUUAAAGCCAUAAAAUUCAUCUGUUGGCCCUUUUGGGCCCUUUCACAGACCAAAAUGACAGCCUGAUUUCCCCACCCUUUUAUAUACUUCAACUAGUGAAAUCCCUUCCCUUUCAUAUACCUGAAGCCUGAAAAAGAUACCCUUUCGGGCGGGGCCUCCCCGUAUAGGCCAUCAUAGGAAGUACCCCCUCCCCCCCCAGGGUUGGUUACCCACCAGUUUUUUUAUUUUGCGUUUUUUUCUAGCUAGGCAUUUAAAAGGGCGGGCGGGCGGGCGAAAACACGCCACGCGGGCGGGCUACACCAUUUGCUAAGGCUGGAAAAACUAGAACAUAUAGGUGAAACAAGUUAAAUAAUUCGUCCCGUAAAAUGUCAACUGAGUUUUUAUGAUGUGUUGCUUUUCAGUGAGGAAAUGACGGAGUUGAAAAUACAGAUAGAAACUGGAUUCGAGACUGAGCAAGACUUAAAGAAAUCUUUGCUUCAGCUUGAAGGUAAUGAUGUCUAGCAUAUACUUCCUGAACAACGUCACAGUUUGUCCGCACUGCCUCGAGAACUGCUGCAUCCGGGGUCUACAUUACAUAAAAUACAUGACAACAACAACAACAACAAAUUUUAUUGAAAAUUGGAAAAUAACUAAUUACAUUACUUUCCCACCCGCAAAAAGCUUAUAAACAAAUCGAGGCGGGGGGAGCUGAAGACGUAUUACAAAACAAGAUUUAUAUGUAGAUGGACUAAAUAACAGUGAAGACACUACUACACAGUUAAUGGAAUUUAAACUAACAUAAAACAAGGCAAGUACAUAACGAUUACGAAGAGAGGCUGACAUGAGAGUAUUAAAUAACUUAAUAAGACUUUAGAUUUGAGAUCGUUAUUUUCUCUUCGUAGGUUGACAAUAGACUCAGGCAUAAUAUGAAACAAAAUAACCAAACAAAUAGGAAAAAGCAGAAGGAAAACUUAAACAUUAGAAGUUUACGAAAUGUUACGCGGAGCACUCAAACACACGACCGUCCAUCUUAUCCACAUCACGGGGUCAUAUGUAGCUCACAUGUAGCUCAAAAGUUCUGAAAAAUGCUAUGGGUUUGAUCCAUGUAGUUUCCACUCAACCACUUCUGGCUGCACUAAACCAGACAUGCUGUUUAUUAUUUUCCCUUUCAGAGCGACUAAGCCGUGGAAAAGAAAGUCAUGAGUUGCACAUGUGUGAAAGAAAUACAGUGUUAACAACAAAUCAAGUAAGAAAGAUGAAUGAUAUGUACCAAACACGAGAUCAUCUCAGUGUUUGUAUUCGAUAUCCCUGAGACACUAAGAAGUGGAUCGUAAAAAACAAGGCUUAGCCGUGAUGUUUAACACUGACGUCUUCGGCUAAGCUCAUGCGACACUCGACGAAUUUUCCGGAAGUGACGGGCCACUUGGUUCAUAUGGGACGGUUCAACAUUUUCGCUCUGUUCACACGGAACUUUAACCGGCUAGGCGUCUAAAUUUUCGUACAGUUAAGGUGGUUCCGUAUGAACGAAACAACUUAACGCACGAAUUUUCAACUUGUCGAAAAUUCGUCUGGAUUUCGCAUGAAGCAUUGCGUCGACAGUUUGAUAUAACUUCUCAAUUAAUAAACUGCCUUCCUUAAGUGUAAUUACAGAUUCUAGUUUAGUAACUAAAUGUUCUAUUUCAUUACCUUAGGCUGGAGUGACGACCGCCUUGAGUGAAAACAACAAGUUAGCGGUAAUUUAUCAAAAAUUACAAAACACAUUUCUCAACAACAAAGCUGCCUUGCUGCGACUUGUUGAAAGAAGAGUUAACAACGAAGGAAGUUUGAAGGACCACAGGGAAGUAAGUUAAAUCCUUUAUUAUAAUAUCACUUCGUUCCAAAUUUGAAAUGAAGCAAACAAAAAUAAUUAAGGACCGGAUUACUUCUCUAACCUGCAUCUAGCCCUAAAAACUACUCGUUCCUCUUGAGUUUUGACGUCAUUGUCGACGUCAUUUCUUUUCGAAAUUGUUAUCGUAAUGAAAAGCACCCUGAGUGUCGCGAUGAUCAAAGCUAAGUCAGCUGCUCGACUGGCCUAUCACAGCUCUCCAAGGCACCAGUCAUUUCUGAGCCAGGUCAUGUAACAUACCGCAAUCACGGAAACAUGCGUACCAGCAAAUCAUUAGCCUGCGUAGCUGGGGGGGUUGUCAGUUGAGCUCGGGGUUUCUUUCUUGGCACCUGAGCCGCGAGAGAUUUGGCUUUCUCCCAACUUUCACGCGGCUUCGCCGCCAAAAAAAAAAACUACACCACCCGCAUACUAAUCCCGCCAGCUACACGGGUUAACAAUAUCAUGAUUGACCUUUGAUUGGUUGAGAAAGUGUUGGAAAUGAAUUGUAGCGGUACAAGACUAGGCUGCGUGGCAGGCGUUUGAAGGGAAAGGGAGAGUGGGAAUAAAGCACGCUCCCGAGAACACGAUAGCGACCCUUCAUGUACUCACUCUCUCCUGUGAAACGACCCUAAUGGCGAAUAAUAAGGAGAGACGGCUGUUUUCGCAGGCUACACUUUUCCUUGCCGAGUGAAAAAACUUGAGAACGGUUUAAGUAAAAAAAACAAAGCUUUUUAUUCCCCGCGGCGUUAACGUGGCUGGUGCUUGAUAUCGGUCAACUACUUUUGAACUAAGAAGUAACUUCAUCUCUCUCUUUCUUUCUCAAUUUUUUAGCUGUAUGUUCUACAAGGUCGAAUGCGUGAAGCUCUCGAGUAUUUUUAUCGUCUGCGUGGCUUACAAAGCAGAGCGGACAUUGCUGACUUCGAACUGAAGUGCGUCACAAAUGGAGACAAGUUGGUGACUUUACAGUCUGAAAUGAUGAGAGUCAUCGAACAUAUUAAUCGCUUCCUAGAAGCAAACAAUGCUGCUCAUGAUAUUAUCUCAAUGGAGGCUGCAAAGAUUGCACAAACACCGGCGACCAAUGGUACUCUUGUUUCUUAAAACAUGGCUUUGGGCAGUUCACGCUACUGUAAAUAGAACUUGAGAAAAAGAUACAAUGUAAACGAAUUUAUGACCGCAGGAGAUAUUAAAACAUUUACAAACUGAUUACAACAAGAGUACAUUAGAGAGUUUUUGCUUAAUAAAGUCUUUAAGGAUCUUUACCAAAAAAAAGUCUGAUGUGCUCAGCUGUUACCGCAUCUUAGCGAAGUGGUGGGGUUAACUGUUACGACCGUUACAAAUCAGUGUUUCUUCCACCCUAAACGUCCAAGUGCUUACAGGAAACAUUUUUCAUGUUUUUGAAAUUUCAUAAAACUUUAUUUUUGCCAGAGCUCGCUGGCUCGCAGAUCUAUUUUCCGGCCCCAGUCUGUAAACUCUUCUGGAAAGCAAAGCGCAACAGCUCAGUAAACCAGAACAAGCAUGCUUUAUCUAGCAUAAAUAUUUAGGAAAAAAGGACUCACAAAUUUUCAGCUCUGAGUAUCAGGGUAAACGUCUUUUUAAAAUAUCAUGGUUUUUUUUGUUGUUGUUUGUUUUUUCGAUUUUCUCCGGCGUUACUAUCACGUGGGGUGACCAUCGGGUGCAAUUAUCGCGUGCAUGGUAUUAAUCAUGUGACAGUCACGACUCCCAAUCUACUCCACUAGUUGCGUACUGUCUGCAUCAUGGCGUUUUGGCUCGUAGUCUUCUUGUCUUUCCUUUCCAUUACGUUUGGAAAGUCCGUUCCCUUGAGAGAUUUGCCUCCAAGAUGGCCGACUGCCUAUUCGGUUUCUGGAGUUCUUCGCUUGCCUUACGCUGAAAUCGUGGAACCAUUUCAAGCCUGGUUUGACGCGCAAAAUGGAAGGAGCAGAAUAGAUUACUACGGGGGUAAAAUUAACAGAUAGUUCUAACUUUUGAAUCAACCUAAUUACGGUGAUAUAGUUUCUAUUUUUAAAUUAAAGGUCAGUAUUUGAAGCUCAGAGCUUAUAUUGAAGAAGGGCAUUUUUUCCUCCGUAAUAGUAUUAUAAUCGCGACACCAUUUUAUAAAAUUCUUUUAUGACAAGCUUAAUUAUUUUUCUGUUCGUACUCUAAGAAAAAUCAUGUUCGCAAACUGUCAAAACAAGUUUAUCCAUCAAAAAUGUCUUUUUCAAUCCUUCAUAUUAAAUGGCGGGUAGGAGGGGGCCAGGAGCUGAGGGGAGUUUUGUCGAGGUGGGGGGUCAGAGGGGAACUGCUUAUUAAAAUAGAGGAGACCAAACGUACAUUGUAUGUAACUAUUUAUUAACCUUUGCAAGAAACAAACAAAUGAUGCUUCUGUCUUAACAGCAGUAAGCUAAUUCUAAAGUGGGCCUUCAGCAUGUUGAAAAACAAUUCCUAAUUUUUAUUAGUGGUUAUUGGGUACAGAGGUGUUUUUUCAGCCAUUUCAGGCCUGGUUAAACGGUGAAUGAAAGAAGACUUCAGAAGGUAUCACAAGAUCUACUGAAUUUCUCUGUUGUGCUCUUUACUAUCCUAGCUAUGUGGAGUAAAUUUUAAAAAUUAAGAUGAUUACCCUUAACUAUUAGCUGCUUCCGUUUUAAUACUUACAUUAUUAUACUAGUUGGAAUUGUAAUGAUUAUCAAAGGUCAAAGAAUGGUGUGAGCAUUGCAAUUCAAUAAGAAUUAUUAAAUUACAUGAAUUUAGCCUGCACAGCAAGUGUUUCUGCACGAGUUCAUCAAGAAAGUUAACACAAGAGCAAAAAAGAGGAAUGAGAGGGGAGGGGAGAAAUAAGGAAACGCUUGCCUGCAAACCCUAGAUUUUGAAAAAACUGUGUUCGUGUACGAACGCAGCUUCUGAUUGGUGUGGUGUCAGUAGUGUUGAUUGAAUAUCGAUCAAUAAAUCAAUCAAACCAGGUAUGUUUUUGUUUAGCCUCCCUGCAGACGUCCUUUGGGGUUCGUUUGUCACGCAUUCAUUUCUCUCCCACGGAUGUCGGCUGUGUUUAGCAGACGUCCAUGGGGGAGAAAUGAAUGCGUGACAAACGAACCCCAAAGGACGUCUGCGGGGAGGCUAGUUUUUGUUGUGCAUCGCAAAUCUGGUCUGAUAGUGAUGUGGUCUCUGGUUGCAGAUUAUAAAUGCCUUUUGGACUGGUAUUUAUUUGAAUCAUGUUAACUGUGCAAAGGUUUAUCAGAUCUGAGCUGAAAGGAGGUUGUUUUUUCACCCCUUCAAAGAAUAAUUUGGAGAUUGAGCAGUGGGGACUAGUAAAGGCUAAUUUAUUGGGAAUGACAGCAUGCGGAUCUGACUGGAAAAAUUGGACUGUUUGUUAGAGAUAACAUAGCCCCUUUUGGUUUGCAUGCGGGCAAGCGUUUCCUCUUCUCCCCCCCCCCCCCAUCCCCCUAACCUUGCAUUUGUUUUGCUCCUACUCCAACUUUCAUGGAAUAACUCAUCUGGAAACACUUGCUAUGCAGGCUGCAUGAAUUAUUGAAUGUGUACUGGGUGAGUGCCAACAGCCAAUUUCUUCCAUUAUUCUUUAAAUGUCAUCUCUAAAUGACCUGCAGUGUUUUUAACCUUAGUACCAAAUUAUCUCAAAUUGCAUGUACCCUCCUAAUAGGUGGUAGUGCGAUGUAUGACAUUUGCAGACUGCAGACUGCAUGAGGCAGCAAGACUGUAAAUUGAAUGAAACCAAAAAUAUUGUAAUAAAGGUGGCGUCAUCAUCAACAUUAUUACCUUGUUCCGAGAUGUACAUGUAAGGCCUAGAAGCGAAGUUUAUAUUUUUCACGCAAAUUACACUGACCUGAUUCCUGAAGGAGUUGUUGGCUGUUCUGCUCGUAUUGCAUUGAAUUAGAGCAGAAUAAUGUCUGCCGAUGUCACAAACUCGCUCAUGAAUCCAUAGCAACAGGCUAGCAAUUUAGCCUGCACCACAGAGGAAACUAAACUCUGGUUAUAUAAGUCUGUCACGUCUGUGUAACAGUGCUGGAAUCCUUAUUCUACAGGGGCCCCACCUGUGUACUAGGAUUUGAGUAUGAGCAAUGCAUGAUUGGCCUGUUAAAUAUGCCGUUGUCAAUUUGUCUAUUUAGAAAUUCAAAAUGCACUUCCGGUAAUUCGUCGAGUCCAGGUAGAAUCUGUUUGGUUUAGAUUAUUUGGCAUAUCCUUAAAUACUGCUAAGAUGAAAUACGUCAUUUAAAAGGUGUUAAAUGUCCGUGAUCUAUCCUAAACGUUUUUGUCGACGUAACUGUAGUGAGCACGAAGUGCUCGCAAUCUAAACACUUUUUUUUACAGAAGACUACUAUUUAGACAGGCAUUUAUGAGCAUUGCUACUUGUCAUUAUCAAUUCACUAUAAACAAAGAAGAAUAAAGAAUCAACACAAUUAGUGAUAUGCCGGGUGAGUCAAUAAAGAGUCGCGUCGGUGAAGAAUAGCCAACAGCAUCUUGGAAAUGAGUUCAAUGUAACUUUGCGCAAAAAUAUCAACCUUGUUCCCAGGCUACUUUCUCACUUUCACACGAUGUUAUAUUUUUAAUGGUGUCACCUUUAGUAGGAAGACUUUUGGUGUCUUUUAAUUUACAAUCUGCCGUCUGCAGUGUGCAGUCUGCGAUCUGCAAAUGUCGUACACUGGUGGUAGUGUUGGUAGAGUAUUGUACCUCAAUGUAUGAUAGUUUUUAUGUAGAAAAUGCAGAUAGGGGUGACAGCCUGGCUAUCGGAUGUCAGUAAGCUGAAAGGCUUUCUGUACUCUCUUUUGCCAUUAGCCACUUAAAAUGGCUUCCUAUAUCAUCAUUGCCUCUAUAUAAGUAAGGCAGAUUUCAUGGGUGAAUUAAAAUUAAAGCAAAUGAGGAAGAAAUAUUGCCUUUCUCUAGGGAUGGACAGCACAAUUCAGAGAGCUGAUGAGAAGCCGUAUGGUGUAAAUUACAGGAUAUGUCCUGAAACCACAGAAACCCAAAUGAAUGUUCGCCGCUGUUUUGCAGUCAAUGGCUCAGAGGCUGCACCCACUGCAACACAGCCAGUUUUACCUGAUCUAUCUCAUUUUGAGGUACUUAAAUAUUUUUCUCAUGCUGUUUUGCUUGUUUAUUCCACUGUACAGUAUAGUAAUCAACAGGCAUUGGUUCAAGUGUUUUCUAACAGGCCCUGGUAAGUGCUAUCCACCAGGCCCUUGUUGUUCAAUAUAUAGGUUAGCCUGAGUAUCAGGCCUUCCUAAGGGGCUAGGGGAGAGGAGAUUUUAGAUGGGGGAGGGGGAGGGGGAGAAGAGAAAGGAAGGCCUGACACAAAACCAUUCAGCAAACCGUGUGACACAUCCAAAAUCUGGAUGUGGCAGUGAUUGGAUAACACACAAUACCCCCUGACGUCACCGACCGCAAGAGCGAUCGGCAAGAAGCAAUUGACAUUUUUCAUAGAUGUUUUGAUUUCAUGUUACCGGUAUGUGAUACUUUUAUGGACAGAGGGGACGCAGAGAGGAAUUCAAAACGGCUCUAGAGGGCGCUCUCAAGUUCUUUCCUGGAAUAAAAAUAAAAUCCGAGCAAGAAUUGUGUUUUCAAGGCCUCGUAGUUUAAAGGAAAGAUGUACUCGGAGUAUGGAAAAGCCUCAUAUACCAGCUUCUGCCGAAACUAUGUCUGAGUAUUGGUUUCAAAAGACCGGGACAAAGACGACGAUAUCAGUGUUUCAGAUAUCUAAGUUCUGAUUUACAACAUCCUGCCGUUAAAAGGGGAUUGUUACUGUAACUGAAAAUAGAGCGAGGUAGCCAUGUAUUGAGAUAGCCGACAGCACCAAUGCUUUUAAAAAGCUUGACUUUGCUUGUGGCGGUUACGAUAGCGUACGUGAUUGGAAUUCGUUCGCUUCCUCUUCCAAAAUUCUCUCACUUUUGAAAUGUCUUAAGCUCAAGCGGGCGCCAUCAUAUUUCGCCAACGGGAUUGACCUUUGCUAUAGGCUCUCACUUUUUUAAAACUUGUAACAGCUUUCACAAGCUCUCCGUGAAGUGGUGGAAUUUGCUGCUGCUUGAUAAUUUCUAGGCAUAGGUGUUUCACCACCGCACCUUGCUAUUUAUUCUUGCAGCUCCUUUCCACCGCCCGAGGAUACGAGGGAUAACAUCAGCUUUUUAGCUGCCAGACAAGCGCCUGAUGUAACUCUGUAAACAAAAACAAUUUACAAUUUUCUGGGGCACGUUUAUUUACGAACGAGAGCGUUGGCGAUCUUACACUAACACAAUUUUUAAGACAUGUUAUAAUUCCUGUAAUGUUUUACGUUACAAGUAUUCAAAAACUCCUCAUUGGAGGUUUUAAAAAAAACGAAAUCGUAGCAACACAAACACCGGAGCUCGGCCAAACCGUUGAGUGAGAUUUAUUUUAGGCGAGCUUUUUGACACGUGAAGCUGACAACCCAAUGACCGGAAGUGAUUUUGAUUGGAUGGUAUCGAAUCAUGCUGUGUCGGGGUGGAAGGCUCCGGUAAAAGCAUCUGUGUCAGGCGUUUCUCUCCUUCACCUCUCUCCCCCUUUUUCGCUUCCAUCUUUCCCCUUUUCCCCAGAAACGCCUGAUACUCAGGCUAUAUAUAGGUGGAUAACACUAUCCAGUAGUGGCCAUGGAGAAAUCUAUAUCCAGUGGAAUAUAUAAUGCAAUAGUUUCACCAGUACAGUCAUUCCCCAUUAAUAGUGGAGCUCCACACAUGUGAACGGAGCCCCAUACCCAAGAAAAUUUGGUAAUCUAUCCAUCCGGUAAAUUUUGGUAAUCACAUGACCAUACAUCCAUCCACACCACAGGGCAACCAAUGUGUAAUGUCAAACUUUCUAGCUAGUGUGGGCUGCCUGUAAUCUGUGUUAACUUGAUAACAGACAUCCAUAUUAAGGUCAAUUGACAGCUGUCAUGUGACCAGUGUCACAUGACUGUAUUGUGGGCUCAGGUGAAAAGUCAUUGAGGUCAUGUGUUUUUUUAAAGCUUUCAGCUGACUAGUUCUCAGCUUUUAAUAUUGAUCGCAGGCUCAAGUUUACGUUUUUCAGUCAUAUGGUUCUCCCCUAAAGUUAAAUAUAGAUUUGUGGAUUUCUUUGCAAUGGGUUAAAGUCCAUUAUCUGAAGUAAAUUUUAAAUGCAUAAAUGGGAGCUAAGCUUUUCUCUCUGGCUAAAUCUAAUUAUAUUAGCAUACAUAACUAAGCAUAACUUUGUUUCUUUUGUAACUCAAGGCCGUUCUAGGCAAAGCAAUUCCUUUGACUUAAAAAUUCCUAUUUCCAAAAUGUCUGCAGUUCAGGGCCUCGUACUUUAAUAGGAUUGUCAAAUUAUGGUCAACUUCAGUUGUAAGUUUGUGCCCCCGGGGGCUUGUGCUCAGAAAUUGCCCUCAAAUUCAAAAUUAUAAAACAAAGAAAAACAUGUACGGUAACACAUAAACUUUUGCAUUUGCCAAAGAACGCAUACAUCAAUAUACUGUGCCACUUUUUUACUGCAAUCAUUUGGGACACGUAAUAGUUCACUCUUCAGUCUUCGCUUAGAUUUCCUUGGUCCAUAUAUAUAGACAAAUUAAAGUACUUGCAUGGCUGAGAUUUGGAAAGAUCUACGCCUUCAAGGCGAGUUUCAGUAAUAACUUGGUGCUAAGCUAGCCCAGUGGAUUUUGAGGUGCAUAUUUCCCUCCCAGUAAAAGCCUAGACAAUUUUGAAAUGCUAAUUUCCGUCUGUAUGUAAGUCCCUCAAAAUUAAAAAAGGGCCUUUGAAAAAUAUAAGCCCUGGGGCUAAUAUUUUCGGAAUUUUACAAUAAUUCUUUUGAGAUCACUUCAUGUAACAAUAUCUUUGUCUUCAAUCUCAUGGAGUAGUGACUUUGCGAAUAUUUACCCCAUUUUCUUUGUAGUUUGCUGGCUACAAGUCAUGUGGAACAAGCAACUGUUCUUUGUGGAUCUACAGAAAAACUGAGGGGUACAAGGAAAACACAUACACCAUGUACACAACACCUACAACCAAUCCUGUAAAGCCUGUUCAUUAUGAAAUGCUUGGAUAUGAUACCCUUCUGGGCUCUCACUAUGAUAAAUAUGAAAUGGACUUUGUAGAUUACUCUGAUGAAAUGCCACCUCCUGAUGUAUUUGAUGUCCCUGAAGGUAUGGAAUAUUGUUGUUCUUACCUGCCAGUGCACAAAUAAUUGCAGAAGAAAGAAGAUACUUUUCCAUUUUAGGUGGUGGGUUAGGGUGGCUUUAAAGAGGAAAGUGGCAACAGGGACUAAUAUUAACCCUAUUCACUUUUCAACUUUCCAUGUAAAAUAUCUCCAUGGAAUUCGAUGUGCUAAUCCUCCAUGGAAUUCCAUAGAGUAUCCUACACCUGCCAACUUUUUCUGAGAUAUAAGCGUGAGAUUUUUAUCCUGGGAGUGCUGGAAUUUUUGAAGACAACACGAUCAUUUCCAAAGAUUCCCAAAGAAGUCCGAAGUCUUCUGAAGACGUCCGAAGUCUUUUGAUGACGUCCAAAGUCUGCCGAAGGCGAGCUCGCUCCCAGUGCUUUUCACUUCAAAAUCCAGAGAUUUUUCACAUUUUUUCAAUCAGGCGUGAGAAAUUGGCCCGCAAGCAUGAGCCGGCGUGAGAAGUUUUCAACCCACAGGCGUGAGAGUUGGCAGGUAUAGUAUCCAUGGAGUAUUAAUUUGUGGAGUUAUUUUACAUGGGUUACCAGGGUGGUCAGGUUCCAGUGGAUAAGGCUUUUGCAAAUUCUGCUUUUUACAAACUUUGACUCAUGAAAGAGCUUUUUAGAUUUGCCUCAGAAACAGCAGUUAAAGUCAUCAAGUUGCAAACAAAACCUGUUGAUAGUUUUGUAUUUUCAGUUUGUAUCAAUAAUAGUGUUACUCAGGUAGCAAAGCUUGAAGCUUAAAAGUUUGUGUGAUUUAAAGGUUAGUUGGAAGUAUAGAAACCCAUCUUCUUGAAGCCUGUGACUGGGCUGACGUCAGUGAUCUCAUGUCUCUGUAAGGCAUUCACUUACACUAUCAAACAGUUGACUUGCCAUACUGGCAAAAAGCAAUUUAGUAUAUGCCUUCAUGGUUUUUGAAGUUUGAGAGAGUCACUGUUCUGCCAUUCUGUUACUUGUGUGUAUUUUUGCUUUAUACAUACCCCUCGCCAGCUCAGCUGAUGAGGUGGCAGGGUGAUGAAUUCAGUUUUGAAGUACUAUCAUAACCUCUUUAUCUUUAAUAUUAUUAUUCAUUCAAAAGAUUUCUCCAUAUAUUUCUGAUUGGCCAAAAGCACAUGCAUAAUUCAUCAUAAAGAGCUACUGUCCCGGGGGGGGCACUUGGGUAUUUUUUGGGUGGAUAUGUGCCGCCCGGGACUCCAAAUUGGCACCCGGUUCUAAAAAAAAUGUCCCCUAAAAUUGAUACCCCGUUCUAAAAAUGGGCCAAUUUUUUAUACCCCGUUCUAGAAUUUGCCCUAAAACUGAUACCCCGUUCUAGAAAUGGGCCAAUUUUUUAAACUCCGUUCUAGGAAGUUAAAUUGAAAUAGCCCUGUUUUUUUUUUAAAGAUAUUUCUUUAUUAUUUUGUUCGACUUUACAUCAAAUCAAUGCUUCUUCAUAAUCAGCAACAAUUUUAAGCAGAAGAUAAAGCCUUGAUGCACAAUUUUUUAUACCCCGUUCUAGAAAAUGCCUCUGAAAUGGAUACCCCUUUCUAAAUCAGGAGCUUCAAAAUCACGACCCCGUUGGGCAGCACAUACCCAUAUAGGUAAUGUAUGGCAGUGCCCCCCCCCCCCCCCCCCCCCCCCCCCCCCCCCCAGCUUAGAGAGAAAAAAUUUGUGUUUGUAUGUGUAAUUUUUAAUUUAAGACAAAAAAAAAAAAAAAUUAAAUUGAAAUAAAAAAAAAAAAAACACAAAGAAAAAUUGAUUUGUGUUGGGGUGGAAAAACAGAAUAAAAACACAACAGACAAACACAUUUUUAUUUGUGUUGAGGGUGAUAGAUAAAACAAACAAACAAAAACAAAUGGGCCCCCCCCCCCCCCCCCGGGGCUACUGUUGACCAAAUUUGGAAAGAAGUUUGUUGUAUUGAACCGAUGAUGUCUAAAGUGCAGCCAAAAAUGUAGAUUAUUGAACUGUUAACCAAGAAAACCUGGGACAAGGUUAAGUUGUUUUGGUAGUGAGAACAAAAUGGCUGAACAGUCAGCCAAACAUUUUACUCGUUUCUUGGUGAAGUACUGUCUAAAAUCAUAGCAAGAACAGCAAGAAGACACCUUGACGAACAUCUGCUAUUCGGAGUAUAUUUGCAGACCUGAACAGACCUUAAUAUUAUUUAUCUCCUAAAGUUGCCAAUAAAGAUGCGCUAUCCAUAUCAACUUAACAUUGACCAAGGUAGGCACAUUUUAGCUUGUUUUUAAACUUAGAGUUAUUUUGAAUGAAUAUAUAAUAAAACAAUUAUUGAAUUUGGCUUUCGUAGGAUGUGAAGAAUUCUGCAGAUCUUGGCGGGUGUUAUCCACCUUGCAGAAUUCUUCAUAUCCUACUCAGCCUCAUUCAAUAAUUGCUAAAUAUUUCUCAGUCAAUAACUUAAAGAUUAUGCCCUUAUUUAUUUAUUUAUUUAUUUAUUUAUUUAUUUAUUUAUUUUAUUUUAGGAAUGACAUGCACAGGUUUCCCUGGUCCUGGAUCUAUGUCAAGUCUGUUAGCUAAUCCCAUGGAAGAAUUCAUUGAGCCCAAUGGCCCGGAGAGAGUCCAUGAAAUGUUUGAACACUUCUUGCUUAAGUUUCCCAAAAGAUAUGCCAACACAGUGGAUAGGAAAGAGCACAACCAGCGCAGAGACAUCUUCAGGCAAAACUUGAGGUAACUAAAAAUUAACAAGAACGCUGUUAAAAAAGCGUUAAGUCUUGCUUGCUUGGAGACUAGAUAAGAACUGAGGAGGUGAUUAAUUCUACAGUUAACAGGAUUUCCUUGAUGAAAGUUUUUCACUUCCUACUUGUCUGAACAAGGAUAGAUUUGACUCCUCAGUUGACAAUAAAUUAAGUCUGUAUAAUGACGUGAAAAACGAAGUCAGAUUUGAAUCUUAUCUUGAUUUAAUAAAGAGUCGUUAAGACAAGAGUGGCAGAAACCAAAAUGCGAAUUUCUUGCCUCUUGCUACCUAUUGAAUCUGGGCGCUACACGAAGAUACCCAGAGUUGAGAGGCUUUGCCCCCUUUGUAAUAGAUCCGAAAUUGGUGAUGAAUUCCACUGGUGAUGAAAAUGUACCAACUCAUCACUUUCUCAUAAAAGGGGUAUCUUCUUGGAGAGCCUAUACUCAAUAAACAGUAAUUUUACGAAUAUGUCUUGCAAGGUACCAUUUUUAUAUAUCAUGUCUAUGUGCGAUGGAAACAUCAUAAAUCUCAGUGCCUCUUAUAUUGAAAAUAUUCUAAAUUGUUAUGCAUCCGAACUCUAAUUAAACUUUCUUACCAUACGAGUAGCGUAGAAGCCGUACAAAUUAGCCAAGUAAUUUUUCUUUUAUGAUAAUAUUCAAUUGUUCCUGUCUUUCUUACUUAACUUUUAUUGUACUUUUUUCAUUUGUUAUUGUUUUGGUACUGAAAUCUUCAUGUCGAAGAUAAAGUCAAUAAAGUUGUUGUUGUAGUAUUCUUCACGAUAUUUACUUUUCAUAUUGGAUUCAACGAUUAUUGAGAAUGCGUGUAUAAAUACAUGAAAAUCAAUUCAAGAAAAAUAGCAUCAUUGCCAGAGACAAAAAACGUGAUGAGCAUCGCGCAUCCAGGGCUGUCAUUAAGGUUUUCAGCAGCCAUAGCAACUGAAGAUUUACGUGUAAUAUCUCACAAAAAUUUUUAGUGCCACCUCUAGCUUUCCACUUUGAUCACUCUUAACAUCAAGUGAGCUCAGCCGUGACAGCUGUUACAGGUUACGGCCCUUAUGACACCUCUGGCAUCAUUUCAAUCAUUGGCGAAAAUGAACUGCAUGCUCAUCACAUUAAGACGCAUUUGCAUGCAAUGAAAGUUCAACAUCUUUCUCAUCAAUCUUUUGUACGCUUUGCAUGGCACUGUGACAUGUUGGGAUUCUUAUCCCCAGUUUCCACUUUCUUCACAGUAACACCUGGGACCACAAACCCCUUUUGGCAUGCACACACGAAAAGAAAAAAAGAAAAAAAGAAACAUUUGCGUUUUUAGAGUCCCACGAGGCCGAUAAACCCAGCAAAAAUUGUAGGCUACAAUGAUGUUACUAUUUUACCAGUAAUUCAUUUGUUAAAAAAAAUUCCAAAUGCCGAACAUUAGAAUAGAGUGUAACACCUUAUGUCAAAUUAUUGUGACUAGUGUGGUUGGCCUCAUAUAAGUUUGUGUCAUCUUCAGGCAUUUUUUUUUUCAGAAGGAAACUGGUAAGUAUUUUUUGGUGCAGAGCUGUAACCAUGGUUUUUUUUCCUUCCAGGUUCAUUAACUCUCACAAUCGAAAGCAUGUUAGUUUCCAAGUUGGCGUCAAUCAUUUAGCAGACAGGUCACCUAAGGAGCUUGCAGUGCUAAGGGGACGUACACAUACCAGUGCUUACAAUGGUGGACUUCCAUUCAAUCCAGACCUGUCAACGUUAAAAGAUGUUCCAGACAAUAUGGAUUGGCGACUUUAUGGUAAUAAAAUGUCAAGCCAGUACUGCACAGACAUCCCCUAUUUAAACCUAAAGCAAAGUAAUUAUAAAUAGGUGACAUUUACAUGCCUGUUGAAACCUGAGUUCUACACAUCCAAACAUAAAAUGAUUUAAUAAAAAAUAGGGAAGCUGAGUAAUUAGCCCCGCCCUAUAGUUCUACCUCUGGCUAACACUAGCUACCAUGUCAGGAUUUAUGAUGUUCAAGCACUAAAGCUGUCCUUAAAAAUUCCAAAAUAUGCUCACAAUAUUAAUUUUUAUCACAGUUGGGUUGUUUUUUCUUCGAGUCAAAAGGAUUUUGUUAUGACAAGUAGUAAUGUUUAAUUUGUUUGGUUGACUGUUCAGGCGCAGUGACACCUGUAAAGGACCAAGCUGUUUGUGGUUCAUGUUGGAGUUUCGGUGCAACAGGAACAAUUGAAGGUGCUCUGUUUCUUAAGGUGUGUGAUUUGUACCAAUAGUCAGUAAAAUAAUGACUAAUAAUCCUAGGUGAUAACAAAUCCAAAUUGCACAGUAUUACUUACAAGAAUGCUCUUAGAGCGGAAUAAGUCUCGCUUGCUUGGAGAUUAGAUCGAGAAAUGAGGAUAAGAUUAAUUCUACACGAAACAGGAUUUACUCGCUAAAGGUUUUUAACUUCCUACUUUAUCGACGGUCGAUUCUUCAGGAUAUUUACUUUUUAUUUGUUUCUGAAUUGAUAGCGACGACCGUAAAUACGUCCGCGGUCGCAGGCUGUACACUUGUAUAAAUACACGAAAAUUCAAGGGCCUCGAUGCCAGAGAAAUUACAUCAUUGCCAGAUAUCAAAAAAGUGAUUUAUAUGGCACGUCAUUUCUCACACCGAGAACUAGGUGACUGAUUCCAUGACUAAAACAGUUUUUAUAUGUCAUAGAGCAUUUUUAAGCCAAUAAUAAGUAUAUGUAUAUAGCAUAUACGAUAUAUUAUCGUAGCUAUUUCUUAAUUUAAUUUUAUUCCUAUUUUCCCAUUUAUUAUUAACAAUUAGAUUUGUAAAUUAGUAUUUUUCUCCUUCUUCUUUCUUUGUUCCAUUUUGUAAAUUAAAUCGGAAGAGCCACGUAGUGGAGAUUUAAUAAAGAUACUGUACUGUACUUUACUAUUUCAAUCAUUGCCGAAAAUAAACUGCAUGCUCAUCACAAGACCAUUUUGCAUACAAUGAAAGUUUACAAAACCCGACUAUCCCAGUUUUACCAAUUAAGUUUCCUAUUUUUUUUUCGAACGCGGUAGUGCUCACUUGUUCCAAAGUAAUCAACCCUUUCAAGCGGUAGAAUUCGUGGACCGACCAGUUCUGGAAAAACUCUAAAUUUAAUCUUUCGUGAGCUUUCUUCGCAAAACUUGCGUAGCUUCGGUCACGCAACGAUUCUUAUUCUCCGUUUCCAUGGUCUCCGCUAGGAACGCCUGGGACCCCAACCGCCCUUUUGUGUCCUAAAUACGAAAAAGAAUUAUGAGUCUCGCUGCUUACGCCAAGCCAAGCGAGACUAAUUAAAGGUGGAGAAAGGUUGGAAUAUUUACAAGGGAGUCAGUCUUUGAAAUUAAGAGCACCUGGGUGUAGAUCUUGGGCUUCAUGUUAAUUUGUUAAAUACCUCUCUAGUUUUGAACUGUCCACUUCAUUCGGUUAUUGGUUUGUACCGCAGCACUAACUGCAAGGUUGAUUCAAGUCCCAUCCAAGUAAAGGGUGUUUUCCACUUUCUUACCAUUAGUGGUUAGAAUGUAUUUUGUAAGUGCACCUCUCUUUCCUCGUGAUUGCUUUAUUUUCACAGACAAAGAAGCUUGUCAGACUUUCUCAACAAAAUUUGAUCGAUUGCUCGUGGGGUUUUGGCAACAAUGGAUGCGAUGGUGGAGAGGAGUUUCGUUCAUAUCAGUGGGUAAUGAAACAUGGCGGAAUAUCUACAGAGGCAAGCUACGGACAGUACUUGGCUCAGGUAACUCAUAACUUUGGAAUUUCUCUUUGGUAACCUGAAGCGCUCAGCAUGCUGCCAACUUUUCUAGAGAAGCGUGCAAGAUGGAGACAAUUCUCGAUCCAGCUAGAGUUAAAAGGGUUUUUUGGAAACCGCCUUUGUACAGUUAAAUUGUUAUCCUUUUUUCAGUCAAAGCAGGAAAAUGCUCAUGGUGGUAAUAAUAAUGAACGAUGCUGAGUGUGCGUGAGCCUAAUAAUAUGUGCAGCAUUUAUGUGUCUGCAAGUACCGAAACCUAAAAUGACUCUUUAUGGCAAGAACUCAGUAAAGUACUUGGCGGCUAUUACUUGGAACAAGAUUUCUGAUACCUUAAGAUCCCUAACUACAUUAUCAGCUUUUAAAAAAGCAGUCCGACAGCAAAAGUUCUAGCUAAUCCUAUAUAAUAUCCAUGUUCUAUUAAGUAAUUGGCCUUUUUAUUGUAAAUAGCUAUGUCACGUAAUUUUAGGCUUUUAUACUGUAAAUAAGUUUUUGGAUUUCCCUUUCUUUCUCUAUUAUUUUAUUAUUUUUUUCUCGGCUUAUUAGCAUAUUUUUGCUAGAGGUCUAACCAACCUCAUAAAACCCGAGAUUAAAUCAUUCAUUCAUUCAUUCAUAAUUCAUUCAUUCAUUCUUCAACUGUAGUCUUAUUUCUUGGUGUCUAGGAUAGUCUGUGUCAUAAGGGCGACAUUGGCGCCCAGUUAUCAGGGUAUGUGAACGUUACAUCUGGAGACCUUAACGCACUCAAGGUGGCUAUUGCUCAGAAUGGUCCAGUAGCUGUGGGAAUUGAUGCCUCACACAGGUCCUUUGCUUUCUAUUCCUUUGGAGUAUACUAUGAGCCUCAGUGUGGUACGUGAAAAAACACACUAACAACGAAAGUUAGAAAUAUCGUAGCAACCUUAGCUUGAAGGGUAACGUAACUUCGUUUUUAAUAACUCAGUCGCUUGUUUGUGUUGCGAAGAUCCUCAUGGCGGAGCUCUCUCGCGCCCAGCGGAGCACCAUAGUCACGUGACCGUACGUCCGGCCGCGCGUCCGGCCACAGGUAUACAGAUGUAAAAUAACUCAAUCAACAGGUAUGGCAACCCAAAUGCAACUCGUGGUUUUUUUGGAGGGAAAUCACAUGGCCACGCUCGUCUUGUGAAGCAGAGACAAUAGAGAGGAGAAGUCGUUACGUCACGUUGCGAUGGUAGCAAAAUUUCUGGAUGACAACAAACCAAAACGUCACUUAAAAAGUGGAUUCGCACUGUUUCAAACUUCAUCGAUUUUAUUUAAUUUCAUUUAAUUUGUUAAAUGUUGGCGACAUUUUCUGGGUUAAAUCCGAAAGGACCGUAUCUAAGUUUAAGAGUUUUGUGUUGUGUUCACCUACUCCAUAAAACGGGCGCGUGAAAUUUGGAAGUUUCAUAUCGCAGUCGUGCAACAACGGCUAAGAAUUGUACAAAAAAGCGUAAUGCACGUGCAAAGUUCUUUUUUUUUUUAACCAAUCUGAACCUAUUGUUUUUUUUUCUGUUCGCCGUCUCCCUUGCAAAACUCCCUAAUUUUGAGAUGCAGAAAUUUUGUUACCACGGUAACGUGACGUCACACUUCUCUCUAUUAAAGAGUCAAUAAAGACAAAACGGAAAGCGGAAAUUGUUUCCAUAUCCGUGUUGUCUGAAGUAUUAAAGGUGAUGUUACACGGGACGAUUCGCAAAGACGAUUUUUAGCGCAACACAGCGUUGCAAUGUUGGAACGACUUGUGAUUGUAUUGCCGGCAUCAUCUAUUAGGCGGCAGCCUAAUAGAGCCGUGCGCGAUUGUUCCAGGGGCAGAAAAAAUCUCGAAUCGAUGUAACGUAGAGUAAUGUAAGGCAACCAUAACCAUUUUGAAGUUUGACCACUAAAUUUUACGCAAAAUGACUUGUGCGCAACUUCGGACAAAAACACGAACUUCAAUAUCUCGAAAAAUUUGCUGUGUAAGGUUGGGAUUUCAAAUUCUUUAUACAGUAGAACAGUUUAGUUCAGUAUUUUCAAAAGAUAAAUUAAAGCAAGGGGCACACAUACACCAAACCUAUGAUUCGCCUUCCCCGCGCAUGUCGUGGGAGAACUGCCGUGCAGAUCCCAGCUAACAGCUCCCACAUGUGUCGUGCGGAGCUGGCACUUAAAGGACUUGCCUCGGCGGGAAAGGGUCUUUUAUACCCUAACCCUAACCCUAACCCUGGGGGCGCCUGAAAAACAAACAAAAAAAACACGGGUUUUCCCCGGUCACUGACCGACGGUUAUGUCAUGCAGAUGCGAAACAGCUGUCCAUGGUUGCCACUGCCCGCGUGAUAUGGCUGUGCGCGUUCGUGAGGUAAUUGACCUCUCCAGAAAAUACCAUAACAUACCAUAAUACUCUUUGCUUGUCAUCCCAAAAUUUUGCAUAAGCAUUGUUUUCAGUUUCUCUUGGGGCCUUUUCAGCUCCCAAGAGAAACUGAAGACAAUGCUUAUGCAAAAUUUUGGGCUGACAAACAAAGAGUAUUAUGGUAUGUUAUGGUAUUAUCUGGAGUGGUCAAUGGCUGCAGCCGUUGGUGUAUGUGUGCACCUUGCUUUAAUUUACUGGUAACUCGUGAUCCACCUUCCCCGCGCAUGUCGUGGUAGAACUGCUGUGCGGUUCCCAGCCAACAGCUCCUACAUGUGUUGUGUGGAGCUGGCGCUUCAUAGACUGCUUAGCACUCACGUCGGCAGUAGGGUGUUUUUGAGACGCGGGCUUUCCUCAUUCAUUAAUCCAACGGCUUCGCCACGCUGGUGGGCCUCAAUAAGGGCGAAACAGCUGUCUACGGCUGCCUCCCCCUUCGUGAUAUGGCUGUGCGCAUGCGUGAGGUACUGGCCCGGCCUGGUGUAUAAGCCUGGUGUAUGUGUCCCCCUCUUUUACGUUUGCACUAUUUUCAAUGCAAUUGAAUUAAGUUCAAUGAAUUACUGUAUUUCAUGACAUUUCUAAACAAAUUCAACAGCGCGCGAGUAUAGGUAAAAUCUUCUUGCUCGUUGGCACUUAGCGAUAGCUAUAACUAUUAUAAGUAUAUUAACAAGAGCUUCGCUUUUAGCCCUGGCUAGAUCUAUAUUAUUAUGAUAUGUUAAAAUGAAAAUUAUCUCGUCGUGGUCUCUGAGCUAGUAAUUAAACUCCCUCCCAUAAUUUUAACGGACAAAGUAAUGUCACUGACCGCUUAAAAAGUGACUGUUUAGUUUUCAAUUCGCCUCUUUCUUUCCGUGUAGGAAAUAAGCCUGAAAAUCUAGAUCAUGCGGUACUUGCUGUUGGUUAUGGAACAAUGAAAGGACAGGCCUACUGGCUAAUCAAGAAUUCCUGGUCCACCCACUGGGGGAAUGAUGGCUAUGUCCUCAUGUCACAGAAAGAUAACAACUGUGGGGUUGCUACUGACGCAACCUUUGUUCACCUACAAUAGCUCUCGAAGCUCUUACCAACCUACUUAUUUUUACGUCCUUCAACACUUAACGAUAAGAAAAGGGAAGGGAUAAAACUAAGUUUCCACUUACUUGCGAAGCAAAAUAUAGAUUUUUAUAUUCGAACAGAUAAAAGGCACUGUGGUGUUUCGUCGGCACAGCAAUGAUUUUUAGUUAAUAUAAACUGAAGUGACCACCGUAAAAAAAAUCAAAAUUUUAAUUCAAA